ACCAACCCCGUCGCUAUUUGUAGUCACAGCCUCGACUACUUAUUACUUACCUCCGAUCUGCUGCCUAGCAACAGUGCUUCCACCUCGACGCAAUUUGUCCUGCAUUCCUCCACGGCCCAUCAUCAUUAACAUGGAAACCAAGUCAGACGACGCUAAGGAACAACUGCUAGCCUUACUCUGUAGGGGUGAGGAUCCAUGGGUCUGGGGAGGGGAUGCUCAUAAUUGUCGGGUCCGUUUUGAAAGGAACGGCAUAGGUGGACUGAAUUGUGGAGAAAACCAACGUAGUUGGAUCAGCUCUGAGUUCAAUUGGGUUCUCUUGACAGAGCCAGUGAGGGCUGACACUGGCAUCUGGACUUUUACCAUUGAGAUGACCCUCACCACCCGCUUUAGCUCAGAAUACCACGAGACCAACCACUGGUUCAAAGGCGCAGCGCUACAAGACUAUCUACAAAAGCCCCCGCCUCCGAGCGAAGCUCCAUUCUCAUGGGCGCCGCUGUACAGCGCCGCCUUCCUUCCCAAGCAGUUUACCCUGACGCUUUCGCGUGGCACUUUUAUCGAGCCUUUUCACGAAUUCGUUAAGCCUCCAUAUCCUCUCUUUCAACGUUAUCGCUUUGCGCCCACCCGCUACUCUUACAAGAUCUCAUUUGACAAGUCGCCAUAUCCGCCACCUGAGGAAUGGGAUAAGUCAUUCGAGAAUAAUGUUCUAGGGGCGAGCAUGAAUUACCAUCGCUACUGGGAGAUGAAAGAUUUCGUUUGGGGGCGCAAGGACAAAACGUGGGCGCAGACUCUAGAUCUGGGAUGGUGGUUGAGCCCGUCCGUUGGUGACGGCUAUUGGAGAGGUCGGGAGAGACAUCCAAUCUGGGAUGAGUACUUUGCUUUCCUGGGAAAGUCAAAGAAGUAGCUAGAUGAGAAUAACACUUAUUCGCUUACCUUUGUAGGCACUGUCAAACAGCGUUACAGACCUUACUAGCGACUAUGUCCCAUGUGGUG